GGAAUUAGGAAAUCUGUUCUUGAUGCCUGGAUUGCGGUCCCACACCCUUUUGCCGCAAACGCGGCACCGUUUUGGCCCUCGAGCACCCUCAAACGGCACUUUGGACACUCGAUGUUGUACCUGCCUCCAUUGGGUGUAUGGUUUCCCUGCUCUGUGUGGGCGUUCAUAAUCGCGAUAUUGAUGUGAUAUUGUUUUUGUUGCUAUUGUUGUCUGCUCGGAGUGUGAUAUUGACUAAAUCGAUGAAGGGUAGAUCCUUGAAUAAUGGGUGCUCGGGUUUUGUGAAAAGAGGCCCCUUGUGCUGGGUUUUAUUUUUACGGCAUCGUCUUGAAUCACAAAGCCGAGGACUCGUACAUCCCGUUCAAUGCAACCAUGUUGCGAGGAGUGGUGGACAGGAAUACUCGUGACGGAGUCAACCGUCAGC